GCCACCACCAAGGGCGCUCCGCUCCACCUCCGCCUGAGAUGGCUGAUACUGUUGAGCCGUAUGAUCCAAAGAAGGAUCCAAAGAGGAGAGCCAAGUCAAAGGAUCCAGGUUGGAAAUACGCGUACUGGCCAACCGAGGACAAACAAAUUGUCGAGUGUCUCCUUUGCGGGAAGAUUGUGUCUUCUGGUAUCAAGAGGCUGAAGCAGCAUCUCUUAGGAGGCUUUGGAGAUGUGCUUGUAUGCGAGAAAACCACCACUGCAAUCAUGAAGGAGAUGCAAGAAUGGAUGGAUAAGAAGCGGCGAAAGAUGCCACUCGGGAUAGAUGAAAGUGAAGAGCAAGAAGGUGGUGAUCAAGAUGAUGAAGUGCAAGAAGUUGUGGCAGUGGGACAGCAAGCAAGCCAAGCAUCAUGUACUGGUCCUCCUCCUCCUGUAGCAAGUUCUGGGACAGCCUCCAAGAAAAGGGCUGCAGCUGCAUUCUUCAAGCCAGCGCCAACCAAGCAACUAAAAAUUGCUCCAUUGUUGUUGAAGUCUCCGGAAGAACUAGUGCGGCUGAGGCAUGCCCCGGGUGCUAAGCAAUUGAGCUUGUAUAGAUCUGGUAAGAGUGAUGCAGAGAGGAAUGUGGCUGUCAAGUACAUUUGCAAGUUCUUGUAUGACAAUGCCAUUGCAUUCAAUGUGGUGAACUCAAGGAGCUUUGAGGAGAUGGUUGAAGCAAUUGGGCAGUAUGGACAUGGACUGAAACCACCUAGCUAUCACGAGGCAAGUGACAAGUACAUCAAAGAAGCUGUCAAUGAUUUAUCCGACAUGAGGAAGAAGCAUGAACUUGCUUGGAAAACCUAUGGAUGCACACUUAUGUCGGAUGCAUGGUCGGAUAGGAAGCAAAGACACUUGGUCAACUUUCUUGUCAAUAGCCCGGAAGGGACAUUCUUCUUGGGUUCUGUUAAUGCAUCUAGUGAGACACAUGAUGCUGCUUACUUGGCAGGCUUACUUGGGCAGAAAAUGGAGGAGAUAGGUGUGGAUAAUGUUGUUCAAAUCUGCACGGACAAUGGUUCCAAUUACAAGGCUGCAGGAAGGUUGUUAAUGGAGAAGUAUCCUAAGCUAUAUUGGACCCCUUGUGCUGCACAUUGUUUGGACCUGAUGCUUGAGGACAUUGCAAAGAUAGAUAGAUUUAAGGAUUGGAUUGUGAAAGCAAAGCGUGUCACAACCUUUGUUUAUAGGCAUUUGAAGCUUCUUGACAAGAUGAGAGAAUACACAGGUGGGAAUGAGUUGGUGAGGCCAGCAGCUACUAGGUUUGCCACCACUUUCUACACCCUGCAAAGCAUGCACAAAAAUAAAGAAGCUUUGAGGAAACUAUUUGUUAGUGACUUCUGGACAAAGAACAAGUUAGCAAAAACUGAAACAGGGAAGCAUGUGUAUGAGGUUGUGAUGUCAAUGACAUUCUGGAAUGUUGUGGAAGAUUGCAUAAGAGCAUCACACCCUGUCCUAAUUGUGUUGAGGCUAGUUGAUGGCGAUGAGAAUCCAGCAAUGCCCCAGCUUACAGCAGCCAUGGAAAUGUGCAAGAAUAAACUCAAUGAAAGCUUCUCAAGAAAGCCACCAUUGCUGCAGAAGUUAAUGCAGAUUUUUAGGAAACGUUGGGAUGAUCAAAUGAUGCAAAAGUUACAUGGGGCAGCUUUGUUUUUGAACCCUGGCCGGUUCUUUGACAUAAUGGAAAAUGAUCCAGACUAUGCACAAACCUUGAGGAUGACAUUUAAUCAGGUGGUGACAAAAAUGAUGUUCCUCAGACAGACAUAUUGCUAUCCAUGA